AUGCAGAAGGACGUUGGAAUUCUAGCUGCGGAGAUUUACUUUCCAAAGACUUACAUUCCACAAACAGUUAUGGAAGAACAUUAUGGUUUUCCUGAGAAGUAUACCAAAGGUCUUGGACAGAUGUCAAUGGCCAUUUGUGACGGGGCUGAGGAUGUCGUUUCCCUUUCUUUAACUGUUACCAAACGCUUGAUCGAGCGCAUUGGGCUUGAUUUGACAAAAAUAGGCUUUCUGGAGGUCGGCUCAGAAACUCUGGUCGAUAAGUCAAAGUCAGUCAAGAGUCACCUCAUGGUUCUAUUUGAGGAGUGUGGAAACUUCGAUUUGGCUGGAAUCGACGUCAAAAGUGCCUGCUACGGUGGCACUGCCGCUCUCUUCAAUGCCAUUAAUUGGCUCGAAUCCUCUUCAUGCGAUGGUCGACUGGCUCUGGUAGUGGCGGCGGACAUCGCAACGUACUUGACAGCUGCAACCCAGCCCACUGGUGGUGCUGGUGCCGUCGCCAUUCUUUUGGGACCCAAUGCUCCUCUUGUUGUUGACUCCGGCCUUCGUGUAUGUGCAAUGCGCCACUGCUACGACUUUUACAAACCCGUAAUGGGAUCCAUCUUUCCUGAGGUGGAUGGGAAGCUGAGUAUCACUUGCUAUAAGGAGGCCGUACUCUCUUGCUAUCGCCUCUACCGCGAGAAAGUGGAAAAGUUUACCGGCCGCAAGGUCCGGGUGAUUGGAGAUCGGACCAAAUGCGAGUUUCCCAUCGACUUUGUGUGCUUUCACUCUCCCUUCUAUCGUUUGGUUGCCAAGGCCUUUGGUUGGAUGGUAUUGCAGGACGUCAAGACUGUAGUGAACACAGGAGGGGUUGUGCCUGAGGCAUCAACAUUGGGGUCAAAGGCCAAGGGAGCCGAGAACAACAGCGCUAGCGAGCUCCACAAUGGGGGAUCAACGGACGAAAAUGCACUAGUUCGUGAGUUGGCUCCGCUUGCCAACGAGGCUGACAGCACGGAAAUAUUGCGAUCGGUGGACGAAGCCUGUUUGUCUGCUUCGCGUGCUCUUUUCGAUCUCAAAGUUGCUCCUGGAUUGCGUAUCUCUAGUGAGGUGGGGAACAUGUACACCGCCUCGCUCUACGCAUGCCUCAUUUCUCUUGCAUGCUCCAUUGAUCACGACGCUUUUGAAUUCAAAUCUGUCAGAGUUCCAGAAGUUAAUUUGCGCGGACGACGUGUACUGAUGUUUUCCUAUGGCUCCGGCUACACUUCGUCAAUGUUCAGUCUUCGGAUCUCUGAAACCGCUGAUGUGGAGGCUAUAUUUGGUGCCUCCUCACACUCCCCCUUCGAUCGGUUGGCACAACGCACGCCCAUCACAUUCGAAGCCUUCAACGACGGCCUUGAGACCCGUGAGGCCACUCUUGACAAAGCACCUCUUGACUACCCAAUGGAGAAUCUGAAAAAGCGCUUUUUCCCGGGUACCUACUAUUUGACUCACGUUGACGAAAUGCAUCGCCGUUUCUAUGAGCGAACGCCCAUUCCAUGA